UGCCACAAAUGGCCGCGUGCGGCAGACAAAAGCGCAUAAAAAAUUCAUGAGCCAAAAGUGCGUCAUUAUUAAGCAAACGACGAACAUCAUCAUCGCCAUCAUCGUCAUCAACAGAGCGUCGCAGGUCGUCAGAAUCGAACGUUGAGCGGCCAAUGAACGGCUUUCGAAUACCCAAAACAUAGAGCUAGUCGAAUCUAGCCGCCAAGUCAACAUGCAAAUUGCUGGGCGAGCAACCGAACAAAACGAACAGAGCGAACAGAGCGAACAGAGCGAAGCGAAACCAGCGCCAGAAACACAAUAAAAAAUUGCCUAUAAAUGGGCGGAAGAGCAGAGUCCGAUGGGAGCGACGCAGGUGGUGCUGUCGGAGGCGUAGCUGCGGCAUUGGGUGGCAGGAAUUUAGUCGCACGCACAAGGACAACAACGGCGAAACGAAGGACAACAGACAGUGGCAGCAGCAGCAGCAGCAGCAGCGGCAGCGGCAGCGGCAGAGGCAGCGGCAGCGGCAGCGGCAGGGCACUCAAACAGAACAACAAAGCGAAACUUCCGCAUAGGAUGCGACGAAACGGAAGUUAUUUUGGCCAUUUGAACGCACGGAUCUAUCUCAUCUAUCUGUGCUGCUAUCUGCUGCUGAUAAUGGCAGCAGCUGGCAGCAACAAUGUGGUAAAUGGACUCAAAUGCUACUGCAAUCCAAAGGAAUGCGAUGUUAUACGCGCACUCGACUGCCCCGGCAAGGGCCUAAUGCUCUGGGAUCCAUGCCAAUGCUGUCGCAUUUGCGCCAAAACUCUGGGCGAAUCCUGCGGCGGACCCGGCGGCUUUUCCGGCCAAUGCGAGCCGCCCCUGCAGUGUGUCACCAAACUGCCCAUUAGCAGCGGCCUGGGCGUCUGCAUGGACCUGCAACACCUGACGGCGCUCACCUUUAAUCAGCUCAGCAACUGCACGCAGGAGGAGUCGAUUGUGCUGGAGCCGGGCUGCGAAAUAACCAACAAGCGCUGCCAAUGCUGGCCCACAAUGCGCACCUGUCUCAGCCAAUUGUCCAGCGAUGGCGGCUCACCGAGCGAUUCACGUUGGCAUUUCAAGAAUCUCGAGGACUGCCAAUUAAAUUUGCAAAAUCUAAUUAAAAUCGAACAGGAAUUCGAUGAAGACUAUAAAAUCUCACCGAGCAAAUUCACAUACAAAAAGCUGCGCAGAAAGCGAAAAUCGCUGAGGAAGCGACUCAUCAUUUUGGAGAAUGGCGACAGUUCGCAUGCCAUAUAAACGUCCCUCUUUCACAUAAAUACAAUUCUUGUACAGAUACUAAUGCUUAAUUCUAUGACAUGUGGCUAAUAUAAAUACAAUACGAUAAUAAAGAGCAUAUACAUAUACAUUAUAAAUAUAUAAAUAAAUAUAUAUUAUAUAUACACGCACAUGCUUGCAUGCGUGCAUGUGACAUGUGGCUAUUGUAUGUAAUCCCUAAGGCAUUUGUUACUUUAUUGUUUUUAACAAAACAAUUUGUGCGCAUACAUAAUGUAUUAUACAUUGCAAAUUUCUAUUCCUAAACUAAAGACAGGAAAAAACGAGAGAAAAACAAAA